CACGCAUGACUGACCCUGUCACAGGAAAGUCGUCAGUCCCAGGUACCACGUGAUUCUAUAUGUGUACCUGAAUGAAAACGAAAAAAAAAGGGAAUGCGUUCACGAGCUUAGUGUCUUUCUGGAAAUAAUGUAGCCCACAACAGCAAGCAAUACCUUGCAAUAUUGAUUGAAAGGGAGAGAUGACACAGUGGUUCUUGUGAUCAGUCGGCUGUCACUCAGUGCCGCGUGGGUGACAGCUGUGGCGUCAUGGGGGCGCCACACGUGUACUGAGUCACAAGUGUGCGUACACAGGGACUUGGAAGGUUAUCCCAUCAACACAGAAUGAGGCCAUCGUAUCUGUUUGAACUCUGUUUCUUCAUAACUGUGUCAAACUACAACUUGAACACUCAACGUACAUGAAGGGGAUAGCACAGUACAACGGAAGCCUCGUGUAAAACCAUCAGCAUUUCUCGGCAACAUACAUCAUGAACACCUUUGUGCAAGGUGUAGAUCGUACAGAUAAAAGCAUCAAAAACAAAGAGAAACAGAAAUAACUUGAAAGGUCAAGCACAGUAGAUUUAUAUUCUUCAAGAGGCAGCAGGUCAGAGGUUCGAUGGUUAUUUUGCACGGACCAACAGGCCCUAAAGUUCUACCAUGCGCCCCUUUCGACGCAUUUUUAGAUAUUUUCAUGGAUACUGGUCACAAGGUACACCGCAGGAUGAAGAAGAACCACAGGAGGAUGAAAUUUUCUAUGACGUACCCGAGAACGCUCUUGAAAAUCAGUCUGAUGGAGAAACACAGCAACUGAGGGAAUGGGAACAAGAACUUCAAAGCCAGGAAUGGCUCAGUUGCCUGGACACAGGGCCGUUUUACUCAGACAAACUUUUCUUGAAAAACGUGGCUCCAGUUGUCACCAAGGAGCUACUCGUCAACUACAUGGAGACUGUCACUGGACAGAACGACAUAGAACCUAGGUAUUGCGAUGAACCAGGUGAUGUUCUGCUCACUUUCAAAGCAGAAAUUGAUUUUGAAAAAGUGAAGAAUAAAUGCCAGACAAAGCUACUGAAGGAAAGACAGCUGGAGGUGUGGAGGGUACCAGUCUCUAACAGCAUCCUUGUGGAGAACCUCAGCCCAGACACAGAUCCUGACCAUGUAUCUUGCUACUUUGAAACCCCGCGUGCUAAUGGAGGAACAGUCCUUAAAGUUCAGCCAGUACAAGACAAACAGAAAUGUGUCGUCUGCUUUAAAGAUGCAAAGGUGGUUGACGACGUCCUGAAGGUCACCCACAUUCUUGGAGGCCGGGAGCUGCGGGUGUCGCUCUACCUGAAAUGUCUGGGACCCUCAGGAGGCAAAGCUGAGCCAAACGUCUUUAAACCUCCCGCGACUGUGACUCUAACAGACAAAGAUAAUGUGAAAGUCCGUUUUCUUAGUCACAGUGCUGAAACACUGGAGUUUUUCAAUUUCAUACUUGAAGAUGUUCAUGCCCAAGCCUCUGUUGUGGGAAACGUCCUCAUGGUGAGUUACAAGAUCAAAGAAUCAACGGACAGACUUGAUAUACUGAUGGAGAAUUGGAGAGAGAAGGUUAACAAGCAACUGGAAAUUUGCUUUGACUACAUAGGACUUGAAAGUAUAACCGUUCCGCAAGAAAUUUGGUAUGAAACCUGGAAGGCCAUCAAAAAGUCUAUUUUCGACCAUGAUGAUCUAGUGUUACCGGACGAGGACGAGUUUACUUUCGUGGUACUGAGUAAACCAGCUGCUGGUGGAAACACUGGUGGAAACACAUUUCAACAAGUCCAAAGAAUCGCUAAGGUCAAGGAAAGAAAGUUCAAGCUUCAGAGUCGUGAAAAGACUGACACUAAGAAAUUAAAGAAAUUUCAGUUGGAGCUUUUGAUGUUGUCAACGUUUCUCUCAGACACACAGUCACAGGGCAUGAAGAUCAAAGUUGACAUCAGACUUCAAGAAGGAGAAGUCAAUUUUCGCGGUUCCCAGAUGGCAAUAAGAGAAGCAGAGGUGAAGAUGUAUGACAUCCUUCAGUCAGCCUCAUCAAGGGUGGUGACUGAUGUACCUCAUGUUCAUGUUGCCCUUCUUGCCACUGACGAAGCUCGCGAUGCUGUGAACAAUCGUCUCAGACAAGCUGGACUUGCUGCCACAUGGGAAUGCUGCGGUAAUGGAAUUAUUUUCUAUUGUUUACACCAAACGGCUCUUCUACAGGCUGUAAACUUAAUAAAAACAUCAUUUAAAACAGAAUGCAUAUCUUUGGAUGAAGUGUCUUCCAGUCUACAAACUACAGCAGAAUGGAAAGACACCGUACAGAAACUUGUCAGAAAACACUGCGGACUUGUCUCAAUCAACACACAUCACAGAACUAUUUCUCUAACAGCUUUUUGUGACCUAAUGCCGACUGUAAAAGAAAAUAUCGGAAAAUUUGUUUCAGAAAGUAGUAUAUAUUCUACUGCUUUUCAACUUUCCCCAAGUCGACUGAAGUUUGUGACUCUUUUCUGGGAAGAAAAACUUUCAAGCAUCGCAGAAAAGUUGAAACAGUACAAAAUAAAGAUCACACUACAAAGUGAUAGUGUUCUGGCUAGAGGGACAAAGCAAGGUAUUGAGCUUGUGAGAAAGGAGCUGACUUUCUUGUCAGAACAAAUUGUUUCUACGAAAGAACUGAUCACAAGAAAAGAAACCAUCAGGUGUCUUUCUACACCUCGUACCAAGAACGAACUGGAAGCCAUUGCUUGCACCUGUAAAUGCGUCUUGUCUCUUCAUCCAGAGAAUGUUAGUGUUGAGAUGAUCUCAACAAAUCUGUCGGCUGAAGGCCCUCGGGUACAUGCUGUACAAGGGGACAUCACUCAUUUGAACGUUGACGUCAUUGUGAAUGCAGCCAAUGAGCUCAUGGACCACGCCGGGGGCCUGGCCGGACAUAUUGUUUUAAAAGGGGGCGACGAGAUACAGAAAGAGUGCUAUCGCAUUCUCAAAGAUAAAGGCAAGCUGUCAGAAGGCGAUGUGCUGGUGUCAGGACCAGGGAAGCUUCCCUGCAAGGCCAUCAUCCACGCUGUGGGACCUCGGUAUAAGGGAGGCAACACAGGGGAAGAAAAAUGUCUUCGAAACACAGUGAAACACACUUCUAUUGCCAUUCCUGCCAUCAGUUCCGGUAUUUUUGGCUACCCCGUUAAAGAGGCCACCCGGGUCAUAGUGCAGGCUGUGAAACUUUUCUUCGAGACCAAUCGUGACAGCAGCAUCACAGACGUCCAGCUCACUGACAUUCUAACAGACACCGUUCAAGAGUUCCAGAAAGCACUUGAGGCACCGAUUAGCAAUUAUACUCCAAUUACUAAACAGGCACCCUUUGUACUCCAAGGUCUUUCUGGGCAAGAAAACUCAGCAACGACAGCGACCGUACUUGCCAUGGAAGAGGACAUCACCCAACUGGCGGUGGAUGUCAUAGUGAAUGCCGCUAAUGAAAGGAUGUCCCAUGAUGGUGGACUGGCGGGAUACAUUGUUAAGAAAGGAGGUGACAAGAUACAAGAGGAAUGUUUUCGCAUUCUCAAAACCAGAGGCAAGCUGUCAGAAGGCGAUGUGCUGGUGUCAGGACCAGGGAAACUUCCCUGCAAGCGCAUCAUCCACGCUGUGGGACCUGUGUAUCGAGGAGGCAACAAAGGAGAAGAAGAAUGUCUGCGGGAUACAGUGAUGGAAUGUUUAAAGACUGCCUCUGACAAAGGCUACUUUUCUAUUGCCAUUCCUGCUAUCAGUUCCGGUAUUUUUGGCUAUCCUGUUGAGGAGGCCACCCGGGUCAUAGUGCAGGCUGUGAGGAUUUUCUUAGAUGCGAAUCACGACAGCAGUAUACAAGUUGUUUUACUUUGUGAUAUCUUACCAAAAACAGUUGCAGACUUUGAAAAAGCGUUGAAAGCAACUGCACGAAAAGGUGAAAGGUCAGCAGGGAGUUUGCCUGGAAGCAGUCAAACAACAGAGUUUCUGUUUUCAGGAAAAGAACUUGCAUUCUCACAGGCAGCAGGUCUCAAUAAGCCACGUGGACACCAGCACAUUACCACAUCUGUGAAUAUUGUCGAUGAUACCAUGAACCGCUCUACACCAGGCGCUGUACAAAAUGUAAAUAAAGGGAUGGUUGCUACCACCGCACCGAUCUCAAACCCAAGAGUGCCAGGCUUUGAUUUUGGAGGAAUUCAUGUUACAAUCAAGCAAGGCGAUAUUACCACAGAAGAGGUGGAUGCCAUUGUUAACAGUUCCAAUUCACAACUGGAUCUCAGUCGAGGGGCUGUCUCAUGCCAGCUGAGAACCAAAUGUGGACCAGCCCUUGAAAGUGCGUGCAAGGCGAAACUUUCAGAGAUAGCUCAACGAAAGGUGGUAACGACUGCAGCUUUCAACCUGAGGUGCAAGCAUAUUGUACACAUAGACACUUACCACUAUGUAAACAAUGACAGGCUGACCACUGCCUACCUGGACAUUCUGACAGAGGCCGACAACCUCGGACUGAAUUCCAUCGCUUUGCCUGCUAUUGGAACAGGGAAUCUCAACAUAUCUCCAUCAAAAUCCGCUCGAGCGAUGGGCAAAGCUCUGGUCGCUCAUGCACGAAUCAGAAAAACUGUCAGAACUGUGACAGUGGUUUUGUUUGAAGCCAACAUGACGAGGGACUUUACUGUCAACCUGACAGCACGAGCUGCGGAACAAGGUUUUGCCCCAUCCACAACCUCUGGAAAAAGUGAUGGAUUCAAGAGGUUGUACCUUCCGGAAAAUGGCGAAGACGGGGAAUGGACUACGAGGCCUCAGAACAGCCCACUACCUAAAGUUCUUAAGCUGUACAUAUUUGCAGCAAGUCAGGAUAAGAGAGCUGACUUCUUAAAAGCUUUGGACAGUCUUGUGAAUAGCAAGUUCGUAGAACAGGAAAUCAAAGACUUCGACAAACUCUCACGUGACAAGCUUGAAGAACUGUGCGGGAAGUACAACCUGGAGCUGCUUCAGAGGGACGGUGGUGCCAGCGUGAAGGGCAUGGCAGACGAUAUUCAAAUGAUGAAAGAGGAGAUCAGCAGCAUGGCAAAGAAGGCAGAAAGACAGCAGCAAGAAAAUCUGAUUGCAAACCUCGUUCAGUGGUACUUUUUUGAGGUCACAACUACUGGAAUCAAACGCAUUCCAUAUCAAAAAGGCCCAAAUCUGUUGAUAGAGAAUGCCUUUCAGAAUAGUCAGGACACAGUGGAACUGACAGAUUCAGAAGGAACUGUCUAUGUCGUCAGCUUUAAGGACAUGACUGAUUCUGUAAAGAUGUGUCCAACUGACAGUGUACAAAUCAUGAGAAAAGAAAUAAUAACAGACACGGCCAAUAGUGCAAGUCUUCUGCCUGAGACAUGGGAGCCUCUGAGCAGCGACGAGUCUGUCAAGCGAGUGCCCCUUGUGAAGGGAUGCCCCGAGUACCAGAGUGUGAAGGCCAGCAUAUCCCAGACUGCAAAAGGCGGUUUUAAGAUCGAAUUGAUCGAGCGCAUUCAAAACCCGGAGCUGUACAAGCAGUAUGUGGCGAAGAAGACACAAAUGAAUAAACAGAACAACGGGAUCCAGUCUGAGAAAACCUUGUGGCAUGGCACCUCGUCAGACGCCAUAGACAACAUCAACCUCUACGGCUUCAACCGCAGCUUCUGUGGAAAGAAUGCUACGGUUUACGGACAAGGUGUGUACUUCGCCGUCAACUCCAGCUACUCCAUGAGCGACACCUACUCUGUGAGAGAUCAGUCAGGGAGGAAACACCUGUACCAGUGCAGGGUGUUGGUCGGGUAUCCCACAGUCGGGAAUAGUGAUAUGAAGUUCUUACCUACUCGACAAGGAAAGAUAAGAUACGACUCUGCCACCGACCGUAACUCAUCUCCAAAAAUGUACAUCAUCUUUAACGACACCCAGGCGUACCCUGAGUACCUCAUCACUUUCAAAUAACUGAUGAUCGUUGACAAUAAAGAAAGUCACAGAUGGUU